AUGAAGGAGAAUCAUCGAAGCGUGCCAUCAAUAUCGGCACAAUUGCCUUUUAGGGAUCGUUUAUGUGAAAAGAUAAAGAAUUUGGUUGCCCUUUGGGCUUUUCAACUUAUUGGUUGUAAUACUGAUAAUCAAGAUGGUAAUGCUACACAGGCUGAAGCAACUACAUCAACAGUCGACAACGUUUUAUUAUGUACAAAAGAUAUAUGUGAUGGUGGUGGUCUUACACCAAAACGAAAAAGCCUUUUUUCUUAUUGUGAAGCACCACAAAACUGA